UUCUGGAGGCCUAGAAUCGUCGAGAUCCAGUGGAUAUUACCACACGUGUUCUUCGCCGCCGUCUGGAGUGGCUAGGCCAUCUAGCUAGGAUGGACGGCGAUAGAACUCCGCGCCAGCUCCUGUUUGGUGCGCUCCUUCCGCCGAGGCCGGCUUGCGGUCCUCGGAAACGGUGGCGAGACUCUGUCAGAGCUGACCUCUCCGCAGUGAACAUCGACCACACGGAAUGGUACGACCUCGCCCAGGAGCGUGGGAAAUGGCGCAGUGCGUAUUCCGCUCAACCAGUACCGCGAUCGGCUCAGCGUGACACUUCUGUGCUCUGCGAUGUUUGCCUGCGUACUUUCGCCCACCAGAAAUACAAGAAUCGCCACAAGUGCCUGGCCGAGAGGAGGAAGCCCAUAUCUGAGCAGUCCGGCAGCCGACUAUGUAAUGCGUGCGGGAGAUGGUUCUUGAGUGCUGGCGGGCUAGCUUCGCAUAAGUGUCUCUCCAACUCGGCUGCUGAAGUGGCGUCGGUCUCGGCUGUGGCAUCGGCAGACUCGGUCCGGAAACAGAGGGUUGCCCUGCCCUGCUGCAGAGCGCAUUGUCUCGGCUGCGGUCGCUGCUGCAAGUCAUCCCGUGGUUUCGACCUGCAUAGCUGUGCUAAUUUCCUGUCCAGGAAGUAGAGCGGCGUUUCUGGGUCCAAUGCUGAACUCAGUGCUGUCGACCCCUGCACAGGGGACACGUGACCAUUUGAUGGCAGUGUUACCAAGGACCAAGGUGUGUGUGUGUAUGUGUGUGUUGAUGCGUUUGUUCUAGUUGUCCAGGUCUGUGUCGGUGUGUGGUUGUAGUAGUUAGUGUAAUGGUUGUAUAGCAAUACUCAUCACAUUCUCUCUUUCUCUACACUACAGCGAUGGACUCCACUUCACUGCGCAGUCUUCGAGAACAAGAUCAACGUUGUCAAGGUGAUGCUGUCACAUGACAGUGACGGUGUCACCUUGGAUACCACACUGCGUGACGAUGAAGGGAGAACAGCGUUGGAUGUAGCCAGGCAAGUGAAGCGUGAGGGAUGUGUGCAGUUGCUGGUGGAUCACGAGAGUGCGAAGGAGGCCAAACAGCUGCAGGCAGGAGAUACUGCUGUUCUGCCAAGUAUCAGUGAACUCGAAGCAGCAGAGCAGGAGGCAGCCAGGUUGGGCGGUACGACCGUCAUCCGUUUCCUGCACGUGGCAAUACUUGGUGCGGCGCGCGUUGGAAAGACCAGCUUGCUGAAGGCGUUGCUUGAGAAGAUGCACGAUGAGAAUGAACCCAGCACGCCCGGCAUGCGCACGUCCUACGCAACUACAAGCAUCUCUGAUGACUGUCGAUUCAUCGAAUGCCCAGACAUGCCAGAUGCUCUGAGUCGACUCUACGUCAUCACCAUGAUGUGCAAACCAUCCACUUCGAAUCAUCCCCAAGACAAAGAGACAACACAAGAUGACAGAGAGAGAGCCCCAGCAGGAGAGGAUCCUGUGGCUGGGACCCAUGCAGGACCUAUGGAGGACAGCAGUAGCAGCAGCAGCGACGGGCCAGCAAUGCGCGAGGAAAUCCACAAGACCAUCACAGGAUUUCUCAACGCAGACCGGGUAAAGUACAUCUCUGACCGGGCCAACACGCCCCACUAUACCGUCAUCACAUUCCGUGACCUUGGAGGGCAGCAAGUCUACCAAUCUGUGCAGCCCCUCUUCAUGGCCAAAAACACAACCUUUAUUGCCACAUACAACUCUUCUCUGGACCUUCUAGAGACCCUUCCCAAGCUCGAUAAAUUUCAGUUCAGCCAGGAAGAAUGUAUCGAGCGGGCCACUCUACCGGCCAAUGCGACUCGCCUAGACCAGCUGCUAAGCUGGCUCGACAUGCUGCUGCUGAAUGCGAAAGCUGACAGCAGCACAGACCAGAGUGCUGCAGAUGAUGUGUUUGUAGUGGGUUGUCAGAGUGACAUGUGGAAGAAAACCGAUUUGCCUGAUCCUUGUAAACUACUUCGAAAGAAUAUCGAAGGUUCACCGUAUAAGUACCUUGUCUGGAAUGAAUCAUCGUACUUCAAAAUCGACAGCACCAGAUCCACUGGAAGUGCAGCACAAGCAGAUGAGCUGCAGCUAUUGAGAGAGGCCAUCAUCGACCGCUGCCGGAAGAGCCAACGUAACAUCCCUGUGCCAUGGCUCCGAUUCUGCAUAACCAUACACACGCUCAAGCAGGAGGUCACGUGGCCUUGGAUUUCCUUCAAGGAGGCAAAGUUCAUAGCGAAGCAAGUCAAGGCUGUUCCACAUGACUGCAGUGACCGGCAAAUACAGCUGCUGCUGAAGUACUGCCAUGAAGCAGGCCACCUGGCGUACUUCCCAACUUUCAAGCUGAAAGACACGGUCAUCCUGGAGCCCCAGUUCAUCCUGGACUGUGUCAAUGCCUUUGUCUACAUGAAGCUUGACCGAGACAUCACAAGGCACGAAGCGCGGGGCUAUAAGUCUGGGUUCAUGACGGAGUCCCUGGCACGCAAAGCUCUCAACAAGAUGUUCGAGGGUCAGUCUUACUGCGACCAUGCUAAGGUGUGGCAAGCAGUCAGAGCAAGCAGUGAUGGGUUCAAGCUCAUUUUUGAAAUCCUAGAAUGGCUCUCAGUCCUGGCAAUUGUGCAGGAUGAGCACGAGUUUAUUGUACCUGCAAUCGUCCGGGACAUGGGCACGGACCCCCAGCUGCCUUGUUCCUGUGCCUACGUGUCCUUUAAGCACGCACACCGCGAUGAGUUGAUGCACUUUCCCGUGUUCCUGUACUGGCAAUGCGUGGUGGAGGUGCUGCUGAAGUCACACAAUCGCUCGGUUGCCACGCUGUCACGGUGCAGCGUUCGCGUUCGCUGGAACAACGAUUGGCCGUGGCUGCACCUGCACUAUACACGCUACGGCUUACAAGUGUACGUCGAGUGCGAGGGCCGACACGGCGGCAGCGGAAAGUCUACGCUGGAUGACGUCCGGGCAAUCGUGCGCACAGUGCUACGGAAGUGGGGCCUGCAGGUCGAAGUGAUCAGCACAUUGCCAUGCCCCUGCGGAGAAACAUCGGGCGAGGAGUGUUUACAGCAUGGCUUAUCUACGUGCUGCGCACCAAGCUGUGCGCAUGCCUUGGACGCGUCCACCCUAGUGGCUGAAGACUACCCACUGUGUACACGUUCAAAGCAUGAUAUACAGAUGAUCCGUGAGCAGGCCAUGUUCUGGCUGGGCCUUGACCAGGAUGCAUGUGGAAGGCUGUUUGAGCCGAGAUCGACCUCUCUUCCUUCAGCAGAAGCCUGUGCCAGUGUGGACAGUAGAAGCGGUGGUCACGGUGCUCCAGGAAGCGGUCAUCACAGCGCUGGUGAAAGUGGUGUCCUUGAACAACAGCUCUCUGACAUGACAGCAUGGGAGAGUGACGUCUUCACAGAACUUCGGCCUGACCUGGUUUCCACGCUAACUCCAGGUGAUAUGCGUCGCCAGUGUGAGGCUAAGAAGUUGAUCACGCGUGCACAGCGUCAGCUAUUUGCAUCAAACACUGGCCGUGCAGCGCAGAAUGAGGAAUUGCUCGAUGCACUAAGCACUGGUGAUGACGAAUCCUUCCACACCUUCCUUGAAUGCAUCCGUAAAGUCGAGCCACCAGCCAGCGCGAGAAGGUUAUUGGCCAAGCUGGAACCCGUCGACAAGUUCCGGGCAGCCCGGCAGUACUGCUGAGGCCGCAUUAGCAUCUGCAGGAGCAUCUGCUGCUGAUCCAGUGGACGAGGAUGAGAAGUCGUACGGCGACCCAUUCCAGCAGCGUGUCUUUCUAACCGAUAUUUCGCCUUGGUUGGGCAAAUAAACAGCGGGAACAUUUCGUAAAAUGGCGCAAGAGGCCGGGUUAUUCGCCGAUCUGCAGCAGAUAGAAGACUUGAAGAGGAUUGAGAAACUAGAUGGAACACGCACUCACAACGGAGAGUUGGUCAGCAUUCUAAGCAGCGAGGAAAAGGCCGGCUACGUCAAGCUAGUGAUGGUCAUCAAACUCUGGGGUAACUAUCCCGACAAGGUCGACAAGAUGAACCAGCUUCUGCCACGACGGGCCCGUGUGUAAACGAUUGAGGUGUCAAGCACUUCACGCAGCACGCACUGGUACUGUUCUCUGUCUCUGUCUCUCUCUCUCUCUCUCUCUCUCUCUCUCUCUCUCUCUCUCUGUCUCUGUCUCUCUCUCUGUCUCUCUCUCUGUCUCUCUCUCUGUCUCUCUCUCUGUCUCUCUGUCUCUCUGUCUCUCUCUCUCUCUCUCUCUCUCUCUCUCUCUCUCUCUCUCUCUCUCUCUCUCUCUCUCUCUCUCUCUCUCUCUCUCUCUCCCUCCCUCCCUCCCUCUCUCUCUCUCUCUCUCUCUCUCUCUCUCUCUCUCUCUCUCUCUCUCUCUCCGUUGUGUGUUCUCGAUCUUACUGACUGGCUAUGCUAUUCAUCAAAUCCAUUCUUCCUUAGUCACAUUUGCCAAAUGUUAGCUACGUUAUGUGGACAGGAGACUUCGCUCUUGAACAUUAAUCUUUAGAAUUGUCACAUGUUGCACGUUGAUACUAUAUUAGUGUAUUGUAGUUACGAAUUGUGUACAGAACUGUCACAUGCUGCACGGGCAGUAUUGUCAAGACAUGCUAGGUCCCUUGCAAUAUUGGUGCGGUGCGUAUUACUGCUAUGCAUUUCGCGAGUGUAAUAUUUAUUUGUUAGUCUGUUAGAAUUACAUCACGAGUGCAUAUCUGUUACGUCUACGUCGAGACACUUUUUAUGAUACAGUAAUUGCUAUGCGUGUUCGUACCACGACAUGUUCACGAGCGGAAUAUCUUGUGAAUUGUGCUAAUUUAUUAUAUAAGUAGAAUUGUUGACUCACUAAUUGGUUGCCAUGUACAUGUCACUUACUUGAUCGGUUGCAUUAUCGCCAUCCGCGGCAACUCCGCUACGAUCUACUUAACGUACUUGGCGAAACUUACUCUCGCUGACAGGGUGUGCUGUCACCCUGUCGCUGGGUGCAAGCACCCCUUGACAGACACUGUUUUUACCUCCGUAAUCAACAAUUCUUUAUUCUUUCACUUCAGCAGAUUGCGAGUUUCUGUUUGUUCUGCAUUCAAAUUAUUGUUUUUCUUUUCGUUGCACCUGCACUCCGCGCUAGCUGCACGCGGACUUUGGCAGUCGCCAUAUUUAGUAUCUCUAUGGCUGCUAUGAUCCAUGCAUUUUCUGUACGUUGCAUUUUCUCUCUAUAUAAGAGAGGUUCUGCUAUACGUGAAACGUAGAGAAAUCACAUAGAGAGCAGGUGUCUGGGUUAGAGUCUACGGCUUUGUGUGUUUUGGCUCCAGAUUUCUACGCGGAGAUGAGGUUCUCUACGUUGUGGCACACGCAGGGUAAAUGCGUACGGAUUUGCUGGGUAUCGAUCAACUGCAUGCAGAAAACUGCCAAAUAUGGAAGGGGUAUAUUCCAAGUGACUUCUCUAGGUGAAACGUAAAGCAGAAUUCUAGAACAGGAUUUCUUUACGUUACGGGAACGCGAAGAAAGUUCGCGUGAUUCUUUGCGUCGCGUUCCCAAAACGUAGAGCAGAACCUCCCUUAUGCCACGUACAUAUGUACGGCGUUGUGUGUAUGCAUGCGGCGCAAGCCAAAUGCACGCACGCUGCACGGUUUUGCUCAGGACAGCGAUUUGGCGAUCGUUGUUCGGUGUGUUCUUUGGUGUUCUUGUUGAAACGAGUGGUAAUGUCGAUUAAAGGAGUUUCUGGGUUUUUGUGGUCUGCCUGACGAUGGUUAGUUGCGGGACCAAGUCGCACCGCAACAUUAUGUUAUGCGUGAAACUCAGAGUUACAGCAGAAACGCUUUUGAUUCCUCUCAAGUGUGUGUACAAACUUAUAGCAGCACUUGAUGAAAUGCUCACUUACAUUGUUA